AUGUCAUCGGAUAAAGUUAAAUUCCCUGAUGAAGAAAUUAACGAUGAUGAGAGCUUAUAUGAAAUUAUUAAUAAAACUGAAGGAUAUGAAUUUAAGCAUCGCAUCAUACGACAAACGAUGAUGCAAACGAUAACGAAAAUAGAUGUUGGAGUUGAGUCACAACUUUUCGUUGCUCCUGGCUCGACAUCAAUUAUUUAUUUCGAUGUAACAAAUUUAAGAAGCGAACCAACUUUACAGAACUUUAAUGUUCAGGAUGAAAACAGAUAUUUAAGAGCGAUGGAGCCAACAUUCAUGUGGUUGAUGCCGAAUCAGAAACAAACUGUUCGUGUUACUGUCGUUGUUCCUACCGGAACUGAGUUAGGCACAAAAGACAGAAUAACAUUUACUGCCAAUGGAGUAGUUCAAGCAACUCAGGCUGUUGUUAUUACAGUUGCUACCAAUGGAAUUGUAGACUCAUGGACUCCAUGGCUUUGGUACACUUACAGCACGCGGUGUGAUUGGGUCGAUAACUGUGUGGGUCAAAUUUGGUCUAUUGAAGUUGUUGCGAGAGACUAUGAAUCUGGUUUAUUAAGUAUUCGAUCGAACCCUGAAGGGAUGAUUCUUCGAGCACCAUUCGAUGCUGGAACGAACGAUGAAGUAAAAGCAACAUUUUCAGCAUCAUGCUGCGAACCUCGUGUGACAAUCACCGCCUACGAUCUGAAUCGUAAUCAAAAAACGAUUGAUUUAGAUGUCAAUGCUCCUUGGUUGAGUGAAUAUGGAAUAGCAACAGUCGUCUUAGGAGUGCUUUUCUUCAUUCUCCUUAUAACGCUCAUCAUUAUUUUGAUCGUUUGGUGUGUCAAGCGAAAACGUAAAGACAAUGGCUUAGAUGGCACAAUUUAUU